AUGGAGUACGAUUAUCUUAUCGCUAAAGAUACUUUUAUUAAACAGAAGCCUAAAAUUGGUGCUUUACUUCCGAAACAAAUAUUUUUGUUCUGUAACUACUUUCCUAUAAAAUUAGUGAAAACCACCGAUUUGGAUCCGAACAAGUUGUAUUUAUUCUGUGGUUUCCUGCAUGGGACUCUAUCGUCAGGAGUUUAUGGCGCAUUUGCAACAGACAUCAUCGGUUGUAGAGAACAUUUCCCGGGUCUCGAAUUUAGGGUCGUCAUACUUGAUCAAUUCUAUAAGUCGCCGCUUUACCGCGAGUAUUGGCGCUCCAACUGUGCUCUUGGAAGCAGUGCAGAGUGCAUAAAACAACAACUAUCGACGAGACCUUCGCCACCGUACACCGGAAAGGCGACAGUUCUGAUCCCCGGUGGAGCGACAGAAGUAUUCGAAUCUAAGCCGGGCACUUACCGCAUCCUGAUAAAAAGGAGAAAAGGCUUCGUAAAGCUCGCGCUGCAAAAUGGGUCGGUAUAAUCUUUCCUUUCGUUCACUCUAAUCUUAAUCUUGUGAGGACUUAGAACAGUAGAAACCUCGUCUUUUUGGACGUCGUAGCCGUACACAAAUCUUAUUUGGCGUGCAUGACUUCCUUAUAGAGGCACAAAAAUUAGCGGUUUAAUCAAGAGUAUCUGUCACUUAUAAAUCGAAGUGACACACGCGGAAUUCGUUUG